AGACACGAUACGAGUACUUCAUCAGCUCACCGCAACCCCCUCCGCCGGGCAUCGUCCAUUGCACCAUGCCCCGACCAAAUGCGCGCAACCUUCUGGUCACUUUCGAUGCUUUUGGUACGCUUUUCAAACCGCGCUUACCAAUACCUCGGCAGUAUAUCGCGGUGGCCGAGGAGCAUGGCGUGACGGGCUUGACGGAAAAGCAGGUCAGCUCAUCCUUCAAAGAAGGUAGGUGUGUGCGAAUCAUCCGUUGUUCUAUAGCCUACCGCCCUUGCUGGCUCCCUUCACGGUGUCCGUGGGGCUUGUUUGCAAAUUCCGAUCCUACCUGUCCUAGGUACAUACGGGCUGUUGCUCCAACACCAAGGCUACUACGACCUAGCUUUGGAUAACAUGUUGAUGCUAGCACCACAGCCUGGGCGACACCAUCACGGUAAGUCGGGCAGGGGGUGGUGCAAAUUUUCAGAGGUUCACGGAUGACACCGGAGGUCGAAGAAUUCUGCCCCGAGCAUCGGUUGCCCCAGGAUCAGAUAAAAUUCGCACAAGGCUUUCUGAAUUUAUACUGACCAGUUGGAAACCAGCUUUCGCAGAAGGGUGCAAGCUAUACCCCAAUUACGGAAAAUCCGUCGGCAUGAGCCCCGCUGUAUGGUGGGAAAGAGUAAGUAUCUCAUUUGCAUUCAAAACCGUUACAUCCCCCCCCUUCUUUUACUUUGUGGUGCUUCUCCAUCCCAAUUUAAUGUUCUCACGCCUCACCAUUCUUCAUAUAUAACCCAUAUAUGACGCUGGCCAUGCCCGACCAACCCAAAAUUGGGCCAUAGAUUCACCCCGCAUAGCCUUUUGGCUAUCGUGUCCGCCUCAAUCAGGGGCGGGAAGGCUUCUACCCCGGCCCCGUGAUACAUGUAUUGUGAUACUGGACUGAUUCGGGGGCUGGGGCUAUGCAAUGCACCAAUUCUUAAGCAAACUAUAGAUGUCUACAUCACACGUGCCUAGCGCUAGGCUGACAGAUAUCUCUUGGUGUCAGAUAAUCAGGAAAACCCUGGAACCUUUAGCACCUGAUGGCCUCACAGCCGGUAUCAUCCCGGAUUUGAUUCGGCGAUUCAGCACCUCUGAGGGCUACGAACUCUACAGCGACGUAACACCCUGCCUCCAGUUCCUUCAGGCUUUUCGAUCCCGCCGAACCUCUUUCUGGCCUUACGAUACCGUCACGGUUGGAGUAAUAACCAAUUCGGACAGCCGUGUUGUGCCGAUUCUCAAUUCUCUUUCAAUUGGGGUCAGAACAUUUACAUCAAAAACUGGUUGGGAAGAGGCGCUAUGGGUAAAUCCUAAAGAAAUCCCGCCUCCCAAACGGAAGCCCGGGAGGCCCCGUAAGAAGCUCCUAGUUGAACCAAAACUAGAGAUAGACUUUGUUGUCCUUUCAUACAGCGUGGGAGUCGAAAAGCCUCACCAUCAAAUCUUUCGCGAGGCGGAAAAAAUGGCCAAAGAAUGCAGGAACCUUGAGGGCCCAUGGACUCGUAUACAUCUCGGAGAUGAUAUAACUAAGGACUAUUACGGGGCGAAACUUGCUGGAUGGAAAUCUGUGUUAGUUUGUCGGGGGGGCAACAUGCCUAGAAACCAGGGAGUUAUCAUGGUGAGGGAUAUCGGGUCAAUACGGCAGCUUUGUGGGCAUCCCCUUUAGACCUACGCCGUGACUCCGGCAAGGGGAUAAGCGGGUAG